CUAGCCUCCACCUCAGAAUUAACAAGGAUGAGGUGCAUGUGAUGUAUCCCUUUCCCUUUUGCAAUCCACAUCUUGAAAGCAAUUUCCAGGAUCAAAUGGGCCUACUCCUAUUACUUUCCUGACAGGGAAAAUCCCCAUUAGAAAAAGGAAAAGAAAAAGGAAGCAGCAAAGGAGAAAGCAAAAGUCUUCAAAGAAAAGCACACAACAUAUAAAGAAACAAGUAGAAGGACAUGGAGGAGAUGAUGAUGAUGAUGAUCAGUAGCCCAGCAAAUCCCAGAAAUGAAACCAUUUCUUCCGAACCCAUCACCACCUCCAGUUGCCCCAGCUGGAAACUGUACGAAAAUCCAUUUUAUUAUCCUCAGCUUCAUCCACAAGAACAACAACAACAGCAGCAUCAGCAAUGUCAAAGUGACAAGCACUUUCAUCACCUACACCUUCAUCGCUCUACUCGAAAGAUUGCUGCCUCUUUCUGGGAUUUAACCUUCUUCAGGCCCAUCAUGGAGUCCGAGCUUGAAUAUGCUCAAACCCAGAUCAUCGAAUUGAAGACCAAGCUUGAAUAUGAACGCAAGACACGUAAGAAGGCAGAGUCAAUGAAUAAGAGGCUAGCCAAAGAGCUUUCUGAGGAGAGAAGAGGAAGAGAAGCAAUGGAGAGGGUGUGUGAAGAGCUUGCCAAAGAAAUUUCAUCUGAUAAAGCAGAGAUCAGUAGGAUGAAGAGAGAGAUGGAAGAAGAAAGAAAGAUGCUCAGGAUGGCUGAGGUGUUGAGGGAAGAGAGAGUUCAGAUGAAGCUCACUGAGGCAAAGAUUCUGUUCGAAGAGAAGCUGUUGGAAUUGGAGGAGUCUAAGGAAAAGAAUCAAGAAGAUAAUCCUCCAGGAACCACCAAUGCUUCUUAUGCUUUUUCUAGCUUUUCAGGGAAGUUCAAACAGUCAGCUUGCAAUGAUAAUAGUGGGAUUGAUUCAAGGGAAUCCACAAGUGAGAAGUCAUCAGCUUGUAAUGAUGCAGAUGCAGAUGCAGAUGCUAUUGUUUUGGGCUUGAAAUCUUGUAAUAUCGAUAAGGUUGGUGUUUCAUUCAUGACAAAUCAGAGAAAAGCCUCACCAGAACCUGAGAAUCCUCACAUAAAGCGAGGGAUCAAAGGGUUUGUUGAAUUUCCAAGAGUUGUUCGAGCAAUUGGAUCCAAAAGUAAGCCUUGGGGCACAAAGCUGGAGUGCCAGCAGGCUCAACUAAGGAUUCUGCUCAAACAAAGGAGUCCUAUCCGAUCCAAUAAUCUUAUUAUGAGUUGAAGAUCAUAUGAAGUCCCUUGUUCUUCUCACCUCUUUGUGUCUUGAUAAAUUUUGUUUGGUUUUAAUCUGUAAUAUUUACUUUUUAUUUGUUUGAUAUUGUUUUUUCAACAGGGCCAGCACCCAGAACCCCAAAUUUACUGGUUUGAAAAAUCAUCAGAAUUGAAUGAAGUAAAUAUGUUUUGAGUU